UUUAUGAAGUCUAAUUCUCUUUUUCCAGUUUUUGUCUAUUUUUAACAUGGACUUUUCGGAUUCGGAUAAGAAAGUUUCGUCUGGACCUUCUCCCCCUUCUUCCCAUGAGUUUUACUCUCCAGGUUCUGAAGGUUCAGAUAAGAAACCAUCUGCACCAUCCUCUCUUUCAGCAGUGGGGCAAUCUUCUGAUGCACCACCCUCUCCUUUAGUAGCAACUGCACCAUCCUCUCCUCUAGUAGCAGCGCAAUCUGCUGAAGAGCAUUCUUCAGAAGGUUCUCUCUCUGACAAAGAAACAGAAAGACAGCAUUCCUCUUCUGCUGAUUCAUCCUUGCCUAACACAGGAAAUGUUGGUGGUUCAUCAAACUCCCGUAUCGAGCGUUCAUUGAUUUCUUCCAUGCCUCACUCGUCAAAGAGGCCUGGGGUUGAGCUUGCUGAUGUGGUAGACAAAAGGAAGAAAGUGGCAGAUGUUGUUAAAUCGUAUGGGCAGGAUCCUAAAGCUGCAACAGCUAUGCUAAUGGGGAUCUCUGAAGAUCGACUUCCACCUCAAUCUGCAGAGGUGAUGCGCCUGUGUGCUGAUUUGAGUCCCGAGGUGAGGAAGCAGCUGUAUAUUGAUUCAAGUCCUGAGGUGAGGGAGCAGUUGUAUGUUGAUUUAACUCCCGAGGUGAGGGAGCAGCUGUAUACUGACUUAACUCCCGAGGUGAUGCAGCAGUUGCGUAGUGAUUUAAAACCCCAGGUGAUAGGCCAGCUUAAUGUUGAUUUAACUCCUAAGAUGAUUAAGAGUUUAACCCCCAAGGUGGAAGCAGACCUGCAUAGGGAUUUAACCCCCAAGGUGGAGGCGGAGUUGCGUAUCUAUUUAGCUGACAAGCUGGGGGAAAGGUGCAGAGUUGGUUGACUAGUAUGAGGAAAGAGUGAUAGGUUGGCUGGCGAAGAGGACACAGAGCUGAUUCAGAUAGUUGACUAGUUAUGAAGACUGAUGUUCUGAAAAAAUUUCCUGCUUUUUGUUAUGUUUCUGCACUUUGGUUUGGUCAUCUUUGUUUCACUUCUAGAGUGGUUUUUUAUUCCUAGAGUUAUAUAGACUAUUAUGGCGGGCUUAGUUAUAUGGAAAA